GCUCCUGUCCCUGCGCACUGGAGGCGCUCCCGCUCACCAUGCACUCCUCUGUGUUUUCGUGCUCGGCGCUCACACCUGAAGUGACAGAGGGGGGGUGAGGCUCGGAGCUGUGAUGAAGGCGGCACGCCGUGCUGCUCAGCCUGCUCCUCCUGUAAAGCGACUGCAGGGCACAUUUGGAGAACAAGUCAGAAGGGAAACAUCCAAAGGGAGGGGGGAUGCGCGCAUGUGACAGGCGUUGGACGUUUCCAUUUGUACCAGGCGGGCAGGGAAUUGGAUCUCUCCAUCGGGAGCUGCGUUUUUAAAAAUCAGCGGCGAGUGGCAUUUUCCAACAUUGCACGUCUCGUCCGUCGCCUGCGGAUCGUCACAGCACCAUGCGAGCAGGAGAGACGCGCCCUGUGCCAUGCUGAACGACUCUCCGAGCCUCCUGCUGGCUCUGACAGCGGUGGCCGGACUUCUCCAGCGAUGCCAAGGCUGGAGCGACGAAGACCUCCUCCUGCCGCCCAUCAACUCCUCCAACAGGUUCAUGGCCAACCUCGAGGUGGAUGUGCGCUUCUCCAAGAGGUCCGUGGAGGAGAACGAAGCCUCGCCCGACGCCUCCUCGCUGCAGACUCUGUCCCAGUGCAACGUGAGCGUCCAGAGACUGCUGCCCACCUCGCUGGUGGCCCGCUGGGACAGCAGCUUCGGCUUCCAGUGUGACGUGCUCAUCUACACCACCAACAACCACGGAAGGGCUUUUUUCUCCGCGUCUUUCAACCGGGCCAUCUCGCCCGUGGUGAUCGAGCACCUGGGGGUCACCGGGGGUCAGCAGGAGCUGCGGCUGUGCGUGGGCUGCGGGAUGUCCCGGUACCGCAGGUUUGGUCAGGGCAGGUCGAGGGGCCAGCAGACCGGGGACCAGGUCACUUUCUGCUGCGUGGAUUUCAGCCUCGACGAGCUGAAGGGGGACAAAAGUUGGAGGCUGAACAGAAAGCCCAUCGAGUCGACACUUGUGGCUUGUUUCAUGACUUUGGUCAUCAUUGUGUGGAGUGUUGCUGCUCUCAUAUGGCCGGUCCCGAUCAUUGCAGGAUUUCUGCCUAAUGGGAUGGAGCAGAGGAGACCGAGAUAAUUGAAAUAAUCCUUGUUAUAAUUAGCCUGUGCUGCCUAUACUAUAAUUGUAGCCAUUCAACUGUUCACCUGAAUGAAUGAGUGCGGAGAUUUGGGGAACUUUUUGAUCAAAUGCUUUAGUUUUGGGUGUCCUUUAACCUUUAUUAGACCUCCUCCUCCUCAUUAGGACAACCAAGGUAAAGUAUGAUGGAUUAUACUAGCCAAUAGUAAUCUAUACUGGGACCAACACCAAUGUGUUUUGUAUACCCUCGUAGGCCUUCCUAUAGAUUAUGUCAGCGUAAACUGUGCAGAUUUUUCUCUUUAAACAGUGUUUGUAUAGUUUUUAAUCUUUCUAGAAAGUUUUUGCCUUAUCCCAUGUGUAGGACUUUUGCACUGAAAACUAAACUUUAAAGUGUGCCAUCAGAUAUAUAACCCAUAGUCAUGUUCAAAGUAAGUGUAAUAGUUUUUUUCCCAAUACAUUCAGAAAAAUAGAUGGUGUUUAUGACUGCCAGAGAGGGUUUCAAUAUUUAUAUUGUUAGAUUUCUAAUGUCAAGUUCAAUAUGCGUGCUUAUUUGUAUUCAUGUUCCAGCAGUUUAAAUGAAAAUAAAAUUGAUUAGGCUAUAACUCAGAUUUUCUCUGACCUGUUCUCUGUAGCCUGAAUCAAUUUACUUCAGGCUUAUCUCAAGCGAGCACAGUGAGUGAUCCAGAGUGGAAAGGCUUUGAGCCAAUACUGUCAGAGUCUCAGCUGCCAGUUUAUUAAGAGCACUUAGUUAAAACUAAUGCAGUCUAAUGCAGCAGUCGUGCAGUAAAUCCUCCCGUCCUGAAGGUUAUACUACGGAGGAGUUGAUUUAACUGUGUGAUCAUCAUGAAGGGUGUGGUUUGCGCUGCUGUUUGAUUGUAUUGCACUGUGCAGAGAGAGGUUUGUGUUAUUCGGCCUACUCUCAUUCAUAUUACUUUGAUGGACAAAAUAACAGUCAGCAUAUAACACAAUAAAAGCUCCAGCCUCCAAAAUGAUCUGAGAGUUGAACAAAUGAUCAUUUAAGACCUCAUCUGCAUCCAUCACUGAAUAUGUUCAGUGUGAUAUUAAGAGAACUGUGAACAUAAUAAAUGCAGCAAGCAUCUCAUAUGACCAUCCUUGAUCUAAAAAUAGAGGUUUCUACUGCAAUUGGCUUUUUAUUGUUUUGGUACAUUGUAAUACAACCUUAAUUAUACAUUUAGCUCACUUUAAAUUUUUUCUUUUUGUUCAGUGAAGAUAUGAAUUAUCACCCCUGCUUUAGUAGCGAAGUAAAAGUACUCAUUUUGAGCAGCGUUAUAAUGUUGUCACUGACUGAGUUAAUGCUACUUUAUAUACUGUUGGAUAGGUUAAUGUACAACAACUCAUAAAAGCUCAUUUCACUGCAAAUUGUGUAAAAUGUGUGUUAGCUAAAUCUCUCAUAUUGAGGUGACCUCCCUGUCCCUCCUUUUUUUCUAUACUCAGUCUAGAGGAUCUGUUACAAAUGGUUGUUAUAGUACUGUAAUAUAUAUACACUGUAUAUAUAUGUAUAUAUUUUUUUUUCCAGACACGUUGAUGCUCUACCACCCCCAGAACUAAAGAACUAAAGACAUGCAAAAUGCGUAGAACAUAUGAGUAUAAACAUGCAACUCUGUUAUGUGGCUCGCCCAGUCAAGAGUGUCCAGCUGAGCUGACUAACCAGUUUGUGAUGGUGACAAAUUCAGACUGACUCUGUGAUCCUUAAAGUCAACAUUUCUGUCAGCAAAAAGCAGUCAGCCUGAUUGUCUGUG